CAUCAACUUGCCACUGGACAGUUCCUCUAGGCAAGCUGACCGGUGUGGACUGUUAAUUUACCUGAAUACUCAGCAGGGAAAUAACACCAGUAAGCUUCAUGACAAAAAUGGAGUGAGAGACAGCUGAAUAAUUGGACCUGCGAGGGGAACCGCUGUUUUGUGCAUAUGUUCUAUCUAUUUUAUUCGCGAAAAAGCAAAUACACGAUAAUAUGUUUGUCAAUGAGUAAAAACAGUCUUGAAUGCAGGGCAUGUAUCUAAGCAAAAGUCGGUCAAUCACACUGUAGGCUACUUUUCCACGUUGCGCGCCUGCUGCUGUGGUGCGGCUGCUUUCGCCGCUCUGCCCGGUCGAUCCACGGCCUCUAGGCUUCGAAGCCACGGUGAAUUGCACUGCCAACUGAGCCGCAGCCAUGGGUGGGAAUUUGGGGUGCCACCGCUCGAUCCCCAAAGACCCGACGGAUUUCAGCAACAGCAAGCGCAAGUUUAGCGCAGCGUGCAACUUCAGCCACAUCCUCGUGAACCAGGAGAGGUUGAAUAUCAACACGGCCACCGAGGAGGAGCUGAUGACUCUACCGGGAGUGAACCGUAUGGUAGCGCAGAAUAUCGUGCAGUAUCGGGACUGCAUUGCGGGGUUUAAAAAGGUAGAAGAUUUGGCUCUCGUGAGUGGAAUUGGUGCCGGAAAACUGGAGAUCAUCAGACUGGAAAUAUGCGUUUCGAGCAGGACGAGUUCGUCCCAACACUCACCGUCGUCGCUGCGUAAAGACUUCGAGCCCCACCUGUCAUGCACAGGUAUGAACAUUAAUACUGCCACACCGGCGCAGCUCAUGAGCAUUCGUGGAAUCACGGGUAAAAUAGCGAAUAACGUAGUAGAAUACAGGUUAGAAAACGGUCCGUUUAAAAGCAUCGAAGACUUGGUGAGGGUCAAUCACAUAAACUCGUCUCUAUUGGACAAAAUCCGCUUUCAAGUGUAUGUGGAGCGUUCCAGAACACCUUCCACCAAUACCAACGGGGGGUUGGCAUACAAUACCAAGUCUCAUCCGAGCCCCACAUCGUUCAGUCUCCUGAGUGAGGACCUGGAUCUCCCAGCCGGGGGGCCGACUCGGAUCAUGUCGGUGCGGCCCGACGUGGAGCCUCCUUCUGGGAUGCGGGAGGGGAAGGCGGUGGUCAGGGUGGCUACCUGGAACCUCCAGAACUGCUCCUGUGAAAAAGCCAACAACCCUGGAAUCAAAGAGGUCGUGUGUAUGACACUGCUUGAAAAUGACAUCAAGUUACUGGCCGUCCAAGACCUGGUAGAUCGGGAGGCCCUUGACAAGUUCUGUGUGGAACUGAACCAGGGCUCGUUGGACAGCGUGCGGAAGUGGAGAGGACCACGGGGAGUAUGGAAGAGUACCGUCUCUGAGAAACCCACAGGACUGUUCAACAAGGGAGUCAGUUAUUCUGGGUUCCUGUGGGACAGCUCUUCUGGGAUUGACCUGAAAGAUGCUUCGGUCCUGGAGAGUCCUGUUGUCAACGGCAACGGGAUGCACCCCCACCCCCGGCCAUAUCUCGCCCACUUUUAUGUUGGAUCGUUGGAGAUGACAAUGGUCAAUGUCCACAUGAGUGCUGGGGCUUGGGAGUCCAACUGUAGGAACCACACCUCUGAGGAAGUCAAGGCCCACAGACUGACCUCCAGGAUCCAGGACACACUGAAAGCUCAGAAGGGCCUGGUGGUGUUGGGAGACUUUGGCCUGCCCCCCCAGAGCAGUGAGCUGGACCAGCUGAGGAAGGAGAGGCUGAGCCCACUGGUGCCCCCCAACAUGUUCACCAACAUCAGCACCCGCUCCCCCAAGGGCUCCCUCUGUCUGGACAACAUCUGGGUCAGCAAGUCACUGAAGAAGAUCUACGCAGGACACUGCCUGGUGGUGCGAGAGGGCCUGACCAACCCCUGGAUACCUGACAAUUGGUCGUGGGGUGGGGUGGUGUCCGACCAUUGUCCUGUCAUGGCCGAGUUCUACGUGGACGUGGCACAGAAGGAGCUGAGAAACAGAGUUUCCGUGGUAGAGAGAGGAGAAAGUAUGUCGAAACACGAGCGGUGACUGUGGCUCGCGGUCGCCACAGAGAUACAGAAGGAAGAUUGUGGCAUGGUGGAUGUGAUAUCAGACUGACUUGACUUUGCCCUGGACUGGAUCCUGCUUUGGCCUGGGUUUUGCAGUGGAUCGAAGGGUGGAUUUACCUGACGAAUGUGAAUUGAAGCACCGAGAUUGCCUUUUUAGUUUCCUUUAUCAAUGUACAGUAGAGACUUAUCAUGACAUUGUUUUGCAGUAAAUAAUUUAAAACUGAUAGUGUGUUAGACAUCAGUGUGCCAAAACAUUUUAAAAAUGUAUAUGAAAUAAAAGGAAAUGGACAUUCCCUGUGCUCAUCUUUGAUAUGAGAUCCAACCACUAGAGCCCUAGCAUGUUCAUGUCUGUCAGUGUUAUGAGCUUGGCUAUGGAGUGAUUUAAUGCCACCAGGAAUUGAAUCUGAAUGUGUUACCCUAAUACUAUACAAGCAAACACAACUAAUGUGAAUUUCUCAUGAUUAUGUUGUACUUGUGCCUGUGACCUACAGUGCAUUUGGAAGGUAUUCUUACCUCUUCCCUUUUUCCACAUUUUGUUACAUUACAGCCUUAUUCUAAAAUUGCUGAGGAAAAAAAUAAAUUUAAUCAAUCUAGACACGCCACCCCAGAAUGACAAUCUACACACGCUACCCCAUAAUGACAAAGUGAAAACAGGCUUUUAGAAUUGUUGCACAUUUAUUUUAAAAAUUAUAUUAUUUCCAUAACUAUAGCUCAGGUGCAUCCUGUUUCAAUUGAUCAUCCUAGAGAUGUUUCUAUAACUUGAAUGGAGUCCACCUGUGGACAUCUCAAUUGGACAUGAUAUGGCACAGACCUAGACUUAGACCUGUCUGUAAAAGGCACAUGACAGCCCACUUGGAGUUUGCCAAAAGGCACCUAAAAGACUCCGACCAUGAGAAACAAGAAUCUUUGGUCUGAUGAAACCAAGAUUGAACUCUUUGACCUGAAUGCUAAGCGUCCCAUCUGGAGAAACCUGGCACCAUCCCUACAGUUGUAUGCUGUGGGGAGGUUUUUCAGGAGCUGGGAGACUAGUCAGGAUCUAGGGAAAGAUGAACAGAGCAAAGUACAGAGAGAUCCUUGAUGGAAAACCUGCUCAGGACCUCAGACUGGGGUGAAGGUUCACCUUCCAACAGGACAACGACCCUAAGCACACAGCCAGACCAUGCAGGAGUGGCUUCGGGACAAGUCUCUGAAUGUCUUUGAGUGGCCCAGCCAGAGCCUGGACUUGAACCCAAUCGAACAUCUCUGAAGAGACCUGAAAAUAGCUGUGCAGCGACGCUCCCCAUCCAACCUGACAGAGCUUGAGAGAAUCUGCAGAGAAGAAUGGGAGAAACUCCCCAAAUAAAGGUGUGCCAAGCUUGUAGCGUCAAACCCAAGAAGACUCCAGGCUGUAAUCGCUGCCAAAGAUGCUUCAACAAAGUACUGAGUAAUUUGUUAUAUAUUUGCAAAAAAAACAGUUUUUGCUUUGUCAUUAUGGGGUAUUGUGUGUAGAUUGAUGAAGGGACAGAAUAAUCCAUUUUAGGAUAAGGCUGUAAUGUAACUAAAUGUGGAAAAGGUCAUGGGGUCUGAAUACUUUCUGAAUGCACUGUACAUAACGUAGCUGUAGCCUAUAGCUUCCACACUGAUGCACAGUAAUACUGGUACAUUUGACUCUGUGAGGGAAAUGGGAGGCUGGAGUUCAGCUGUUGACAAAGGAGUUGAAUACUUAUUGACUCAAGAUGUUUCAGCUUUUCAUUUUUCAUUUAUUUGUAAAAAAUAUAUAAAAACAUACUUCCACUUUGA